AUGGAGCAGGGCGGCCGCCGCCGAGCCUUCGGCAGCAUCUGCCCCAACACAGUCCAGGGACUGCCCGCCCGCCUGGCCAAGAAGCCGGCCCGGCCCGGCGGGGACACGGCGUGGACGCCCCCGGCCGCUCUGAGCCCCCGAGCUCCCCCGCCCCGUCCGCGCCGCAGCGGCGCCUCACCGGCCGCCGCCGCGCCCGCCCUGGAUGUAUCUACCUUAAUGCCACCAUCACUGGACUGUACUGACUAUGAUUUCUCCCUUGGUGAGGAGGUGGCUUUUGGCCCCUGCACCCCGCAGCUGCAGAGCAGCACGCUGGUGCAAGUUCCCCCACAGAACCUGUCUUCCCCUGAGCCAUGCUGGAAGGACCUGGCAGACCAGCACAAGAAAGCAUUGGGAGAUGCCCUGGAAGCAAACAGCCAGCUGCAGGAGACCCUCUCACAGAGGCAGGAAGAGCUGGUGGCACUGCGAGAGAGCAACGUGCAGCUGAAGGAGCUGGCAAGUCAGGCCAGGCAGCUGGCUGCUGUCCUUGACACGCUGAUGCUCCCGCAAAGCGCCGACGGGACAGUCCUUCCUCCUCUUCCUCCUCUUCAUCCUUUACCUCCUCCGCCCGCGGCUGCUGCCGCCGCCGCCGCCGCCGCUGCCCCGGCCGGGACCGGCCUGGAGGAUGCGGAGGGCGUGGACGCCAUGCUGCGGGCCGUGUCGGAGAAGUGUCGCGCCGCCCUGCGAAGCCUGGGGGGCAGCGCGGGGGACGGGUCGGGGGGCAGCCCCGGCAGCAGCCCGGGACACAGCCCGGGAGGCAGCCCCACAGCCAAGCGCCCGCGGCCGGGCCCGCGCCUGCACGGCGCCUUCCGCGGGCUGCGCACCGGCCGCGCCGCGCCGCGCCCGGCCGGCAGGGAGCUGGAGGAGGGCGGCAGCCUGCGGACGGCGCUGGGGGAGGCGGGCGCCAUCCGCACCCUGGCCUUCCCGCAGGGAAACGCCUUCACUCUCCGCACGGCCGCCGGCGGGCACCGCUUCCGAUGGGUGCCGCGCUGA